AUGAGCGAAUCAAAUCAGGUUAUUUUAUUUGAGCAGGAAAAAACCUUCUAUCUUCACAGAACACAUGACGCUAAUAAGAUUGGAAGAUACCUGGACGAUUCUAAUGUUUGGCAUAUUGUGGAUGGUAAAAAAGCAGAUGAAAUUGAUGCCAAGACAAUUCUCAUCUGUUCUCCUAUGAAAUAUUAUUAUAAAGGUUUUGAUAAUGAUAUUCGAGAUGAAGUCAGUUACAAACUUAUUCAUAUCUGUACGAACCUCCUGAUUGAUGAAAGUGAUAUAGAGAUCGAAAGUGGUGAAGAGGUUGAAUACUUUAAUGAGGAACCCUAUACACUAAAAACUAUAACAUUUGCGUCUGAUUAUGUGGGUGAAAAAGUGUCUGAGAAACUUAAAACAUUAAUAUUUGACAGAUUACAUACAGAAUUUGAACUAAGCUUGACAGAAGAGCCUAAUGACUCUAGAAGAGAAUUAACUCAAGAUAUAAAGAGACAAAACGAGAUACUUACAUUUUUUGCAAUUCAAAUAAUCGAAGGUGAAAAGUAUUAUCGAACGGAUAAUAAAAAUUUAUCGUCAAUUGAUGUGAUUAUUGCUCCUGAUACACUCUUUCAGAUAACUACUGCUAUGAAUCAUCCUAUUAAUAUUAUUGGUUUAAAAAGACUUUAUAAUAAAUUAGCAAAGACAA